AUAUCGUACAAUACGUUGAUAAAUGGUGUGUACAAUGUCUUGUCAUAUUACACGUGUAUGCUAUUUAUGUCUUUAAAUCCUUUAAAGUCAACGAAAUGGAUGAGUUAUGGUCGGUGUUAGCUUAUUGUAUCAUAAACUAGUUAAAUAAAUGACUCGUAAAAGGCUGUGGUUAUUAAGAAGAAACGAUGCUGGGGUUUCUGUCCUCACGCCGGGCUGGGCUGGAUGACCCUUUGAGACUGAGGCGAGCAGAAUCAACACGAAGAGUCCUGAGUCUACAGCUGAAUCCUGACAGAGAUGUCGACAGAAUCCACGGAAAUGGCAUCAACACCAUUGACAUUGAUGUGGUCGAAGGUCGAUACAUGUUGUCUGGAGGAGCUGAUGGUGUCAUUGUCAUCUACGACCUGGAAAACUUUACUGGAAAAACACAGUACACCUGCAAAGCCAUCUGUACAGUGGGGAGGUCAAAUCGUCAUGUUCACAAGUUCAGUGUGGAAACUGUGCAGUGGUAUCCGUACGACACUGGGAUGUUUGUCUCCAGCUCCUUCGACAAAACCAUGAAGAUCUGGGACACAGAGACAUUGAAGCCUGCAGAAAUCUUUGAGUUUGAGACGAACGUGUACAGCCACCACCUGUCUCCCAUUGCACGAAAGCACAGCCUCAUCGCAGUCGGCUCCAAAAACCCAAAGAUCCAGCUCUGUGAUAUGAAGUCUGGGUCAAAGAUUCAUGUUCUUCAAGGGCACAGAGCAGAAGUCCUGUCUGUAAGGUGGUCGCCCAGAUACGAGUACAUAUUGGCCAGUGCCAGUGCAGACAGUAAGGUGAAGGUUUGGGACGUGCGACGGGCGACCGGCAGCUUGUUUACUUUGGAUCAGCACAAUGGAGACAAGUCCAAAGCCUCUACAGAAGCAGCAAACACAGCUCAUAAUGGCAGAGCGAACGGCCUGUGCUUCACUGGAGAUGGCCUGUACUUGCUGACCACCGGGACUGAUGACCGAAUGAGACUCUGGAACAGCGCCUCAGGGGAGAACACUCUGGUUAAUUAUGGGAAAGUUUGCAACGAAAGCCGUAAGAGGCUCCAAUUCUGUGUGUCCAAAGGCUGCAGUCCUGAGUUUGUGUUCGUGCCAUGUGGAAGCUCUGUGGCUGUGUACACGCUUCACACUGGAGAGAUGGUCACCAUGCUCCGAGGACAUUACAACAAUGUGGACUGCUGCGAAUUUCACCCAGACUACCAGGAGUUGUACAGCGGAGGUAAAGACUGUAACAUUCUGGCUUGGGUUCCUGUUCUACGACCCCCAGAUGAAGAAGAAGAAGAGGCCGAUACCAAGCAGAAGAAUCCUGCUGGACCGACAUCUUUGAAUCCUGCUUUUCAGGAUGCAUGGAGCAGUGAUGAAGACUGAGGUCUGAUCCGGGUCUGAUCCUGGUCUGAUCCUGGUCUGAUCCUGGUCUGAUCCCGGUCUGAUCCCGGUCUGAUCCCGGUCUGAUCCCGGUCUGAUCCCGGUCUGAUCCCGGUCUGUUCCCGGUCUGUUCCUGGUCUGUUCCUGGUUUGAUCCUGGUUUGAUCCUGGUUUGAUCCUGGUUUGAUCCUGGCUUAGUUGUUUUCAGACUUGGUUUUGUCCUGUUCUAG